UAAAUUAUAAGGCUUCCCUACAAUUAGUGAUUACAUUAGCAAUUCCAGGCAUUCAAUGGGACGCUUAAUCGCCAGAGAUCUUCAUUAGAGGACCCAUUAAGACCCAACCAGCGGAACUUCAUAAGAGGACUACAUAGACCAUUCUCUGCUAGAUAUUCUCAAGGGGCAUAAUCUUGAAGCGAGAAUAUUUGAUGCAGAAUUAUGCAAUAUUGAUCCACUAAGCGAUUAAGGUAUUCCACUCAAGGAUCGGAUGAGAAUUGGCUGAGAUAUAGCUAUCGAUAUGGGCCAUGUAAGGAAAUCCAACAUUUUGAAGGGGAUGCCCCACAAAAAUUGAAAAAAUUUUUAAAAAAUAUUUUGUGUUCGGAUUUUGAUGCAGAACGACUGGAAAUCGAUCCACAAAUCGUUUAAGGUAUCCCGCUUAAGGAUCGGAUGAGAAUCGGCCGAGAUAUAGCUAUGGACGUGGGCCAAGUACGAAAAUCCAGCAUUUUGAAGGGUAUCCCCCACAAAAAUUGGAAAAAUUUUUAAAAAAUAUUUUCUGUCGGGAUUUUGAUGCAGAAUGACUAGAAAUCGAUCCACUAAGCGUUUAAGGUAUCCCUUUUAAGGAUCGGAUGAGAAUUGGCUGAGAUAUGGCUAUGGACGUGGGCCAAGUGCGGAAAUCCAGCAUUUUGAAGGGUAUCCCCCACAAAAAUUGAGAAAAUUUUGUAAAAAUAUUUUGUUUUAGGAUAUUGAUGCAGAAUGCCUGGAAAUCGAUCCACAAAUCGUUUAAUGUAUCCCGCUUAAGGAUCGGGUGAGAAAUGGCAAAGAUAUAGCUAUGGACGUGGGCCAAGUACAGCAUUUUAAAGGACUCCCCCAUAAAAAAGCCCCCAAAGAAGCAAUCAUAUCCGUAACUGCUACCCGUUUUUGAGGCUUCACUCAUUUGAGAGUCGAUCAGGGAAGGCCUGAGUCUAGAGUCUGGCAGUGUCGUUCAAUCAAAUCGCAAACCCGAUCAGAUAGACAGCCGAAGCUAUUGUCUCCAAAUUUAAAUCCCUGAAAAGCCCCGAUUGCCGCGAACGAGGAUACAAGUGAUCCGAGGAGUCAGUGCCGAGAUGUCCGAGCAGUUCAACUUCAACGAGGCCUUCAACAGCCAGACCCUGCGCGGACGCGCCAAUGUAGCAAAGGCCACCUGGGCCUCCGUGGGCCUGGUCUAUGUGCUCGUGAAGAUGCAUCGCCGCAACACCAAGCGCCGCGAGGCGAAGCUCUACUGCAAGGGCUGCCAGCAGGCGAUACUGGGCUAGGAGGAUGUCCUGCCCCCCGGUGAUCACCAUCACCCGGGACCAUCUAUGUGUUCUUUCUCGUUUCCCCCAAAUCCCAUCUCGUGUACUUUCGACGAGCUAAUAAAAUGUUGAAUGUUUUAAUGAAA